GAAGGGAAAGUAGUUCACUUAUAAUAAAUAAUUCCAUUUAGCAGUCAGCUAGCUGAGCAUUUCUACUCCAACGCGACAAUGGGUCAUUUUUCAAAACUAUCUCGAGUCGGUGAUAUUAGUUGAAGCAUUUAAGGUGAAGGCGUGUACUCUACAAACACUUCAUAGCAGUGCUGGGCAAACUCAACCUUAAAGGCUAUCACUCCAGGCUGUGACCCAUAUUGGAGGUGCAACGCUAACAAGAUACGCCCUGGGACAGCGAAGGUAAACACUUUUAUUAUAUUGACACAGAGUUUUUAAUCGUAAAAUACCUGUAUCGUUCGUGACUAGACGAGGGGAAAACCCAUCGGUAUCCCGUGCGGAUGUCUAGUCAUUUUGGUUCAACAAUGGAUACCAAAAAAUCGGACAAGAACCACUUGGAGAACCUCAGCAAAGCGUUAAACAAAGCAAGGGAGUACAUCAUUCUGCUUCUGACGUACGUCUUGUAUAAAAUCGCCAGAUCUAUCGUCACAACAAUCCAAAAGUUCACCUGGGCUGUAACAGGAGUCGAACGCACCAGAAAAGAUGCCAAAAGUGGUAUUCAAUUCAAGCACAGUGCGCAUGUGCACAAUGUUUUAUGGCGACGGAAGUUUAUCUCGUCUUCUAUCUCUGACCCCACGGAUUUUAUUCUCACUCAUAAGUUUUUCAAACAUCCAAACUAUGUGUUGAAGCCGAAUAUAUCUCUGUACUGUAUAACGAAAGGCGAAGCUUUCUUUGUCGAAGUUUCAGAAGAUGUGAAUCUUUAUAAGCAAUAUGACAGCAAAUCAUUUUAUUUGAAGCAAUUUGAAAAAGCUCAUAGUGUUAUAAGCAUGCCUUUAGCGUCUUUCCAUAAAAUUGCUCAGGAUAUAGGCCGUCCAAAAGUUCCCAUUAUCUGGAUGUCUUCCACCGGAAGCUGUGGUGCAACUCUCCUCAGUCGAGUUUUUGGGCAGCUUCCUGGAAUGGCCGUUAUCUGCGACCCUGAUGCUCUCACUUCCCUUGCGUUUUUGAAAAAGUCAAAUAGGUUUGGUAAAGGUGAAUAUGAGCAACUGCUUCCCAGUGCUUUGAGGCUUUUAUGCAAACAGGAUGACCGUGCAGGGAUGUUCUUUUUGAAAACGAGGCCAUGUAGCACAUGUCAAAUGGAGGAUGUGUACAAAUGUUUUCCACAGAUAUAUCAGUUAUACAUAUAUCGCAAUAGCUUUAAGACAGUCACCUCUCACCUCAAUAUAUUCUCCAGGGAACCUAUUUCAAUCGUUGGCAGAUACAUCAUAGAUAGCAAAGUUCUGUCAACCAUCUUGCCAUGCUUUCGACGAUCUCUCUAUCAUAAUUUCUGUUAUGUUCUAGACAGAGCAGAUCCGAGCGAAAAAGAACAGAACAUUACCAGUGUAGGGAUUUUCGCUACUUCUUGGGCGGCCAAUGUGGUCCAAUGUCUUGAUCACGUGGACGCAGGGGUACCUAUCAUUGCAAUAAUGUUUGAAGAAAUGAUGAAGAAUCCACGAAAGAUUAUCAGCACCUUGUUCGAUGUUCUUGAACUUAGGCAAGAAUACAUAUCGAAUGCCAUGGAGGGGUUUCGAGUAGAUCGCUGCAACAACAACGUGACAAGUGAUCUCAACUUGAGGGAGACCAAACGCACGAUUUCCCAUCAGGCACGCGUUGAGGCCGACGCCAUUUUCAAAAAGUACGGACUCCCGAAGCUAGGAGAAAGAUUCGAAAUUCCAGGACUUUUGGACUUUGAUACGACAAAAUUCAGAGGAAUCAACCCAAAAGAUAGAUAUUUCUGAACAUGAACAUACUACCCUCUUUUAUUUAAGUUUCUUUUAGGUUUUUUAUUCUCAUAUAAACAAAUGAUGCAAUUUUACGAAAUGUAGUUUGCCUAAUUAUUGUUUGUGAACGUCUCACCGGUAUAUACACAAUGUAUUUUGAUAAUUUUAUAUUUUAAUAUGCAUUUCUCAGGAAAGUUAUAUAUAGUUGUUUAUUAAGAAAGAUACCUUAAUCAUUUGGUAUCUCGUGUGGGUUUUUCCCAUUGAAAUUGAUGACAACCAAUUUCAAGUGAAAAUGAACACGGUUGCAAUGUUAUUCAAUUACGUCACAUGUACAAAGCUACAGAUUUGUUGUUUUUUUUAUUAUUAUACAGCACGAUAUGACCAAUAUGAUCAUAAUAAAAUAAUACAUGCUCAAA